UGAAGGCAGCACAGCAGCGCCACUGCCGCGGCUGGGAGGAAACGGCGACUCGGACUCGGCUUCCAGCGACGCGAUGCCUCUUCUCAAAGAAGAACCCCGGGCAUAGGCACCCAGAGGCACCCACACGCGCCCUCCGAGUCCCUGGCAGUUUGCGAUACGCUUCAGUAGAGAGCGGAGGCACCGGGCUCGGGUCUUUAUGUUUACCGGAGAGUAACUUUAGCUCAACAAGCUAACCUCAGCUAGCCGUGUGUGCCCGUCCGGACCGUCGGAAGCCGCUACAUGGGUCUGUUCACGGGUUCUUGCUGAGCGCGGUUCGUAGAUCUCCCGGAGACGGUUUCACGCGGAGCAACAGAAGCGGUUCACGCCAGUCAGCCGGAAGCUGGAGCCAUGGGUUUCUCCCUCAGCCUUCGAUGAACUCAACUACGCUGGACCCGCACAAUUCAGCCAAGCCGCCCUUCUCCCCGUCUCCCCCCUCUCCAGCUAUGGCGGGCUUCAAGCGGGGCUACGAUGGCAAGAUCGCCGGCCUGUACGACCUGGACAAGACGCUGGGACGCGGCCACUUUGCCGUGGUCAAGCUGGCACGCCACGUCUUCACUGGGGAGAAAGUGGCGGUAAAGGUGAUCGACAAGACCAAGCUCGACACCGUAGCCACGGGCCACCUGUUCCAGGAGGUUCGCUGCAUGAAGCUGGUCCAGCACCCCAACAUUGUGCGCCUUUAUGAAGUGAUAGACACCCAGACCAAGCUUUACCUCAUCCUGGAGCUUGGCGAUGGAGGGGAUAUGUUUGACUACAUCAUGAAACAUGAGGAAGGCCUGAACGAGGAGCUGGCGAAGAAAUAUUUCGCCCAAAUCGUCCACGCCAUCUCCUACUGCCACCGGCUGCAUGUGGUGCACAGGGACCUCAAGCCAGAGAACGUGGUGUUCUUUGAGAAGCAAGGGCUUGUCAAGCUCACCGACUUUGGAUUCAGCAACAAGUUUCAGCCAGGGAAAAAGCUGACGACCAGUUGUGGAUCUCUGGCGUACUCUGCACCGGAAAUCCUGCUGGGUGAUGAGUAUGAUGCUCCAGCCGUAGAUAUCUGGAGUCUGGGUGUGAUCCUGUUCAUGUUGGUAUGUGGCCAGCCGCCCUUCCAGGAAGCCAACGACAGCGAGACUCUCACCAUGAUCAUGGACUGUAAAUACACUGUGCCGGCCCACGUCUCCAGCGCCUGCAAAGAUCUGAUAGACCGCAUGCUUCAGAGGGAUCCCAAGCGACGGGCCUCCCUGGAGGAGAUCGAGAGCCACGCCUGGCUGCAGGGGGUCGACCCGUCCCCGGCCACCAAGUACAACACUCCCCUGGUCUCCCACAAGAGCCUGUCGGAGGAGGAGCACAACAGCAUCAUCCAGCGCAUGGUGCUCGGAGACAUCGCCGACCGCGAGGCCAUCGUGGAAGCCCUGGAGACCAACAAGUACAACCAUAUCACAGCCACAUACUACCUGCUAGCGGAGAGGAUCCUGAGGGAGAAGCAGGAGAAGGAGGUCCAGACUCGCUCUUCCAGCCCCAGCAACAUCAAGGCCCACUUCAGGCAGUCGUGGCCCACCAGAGUGGACAUGCACCAGGACAUAGAGGACAGCCUGGCGGCGUCCUCCAUCUCCCACGCCGGCGGCCCCCAGUCCCCGGCCCGCAGCGCAGAGAAUCUGCUCAACGGACACCGCUCCAAAGGGCUGAUGGAGCUGGGCCGCCGCGGCGAGGAGACGGUGACCGACUCCCCGGGACAUUCAGCACAGGGAGCCUGUGCUGCCUCAGGCCCCACUCCUGGAUCUGGUUCUGGUUCCACCAGGGCCCCCACUCCGUUCAGCCCAGCCACAGCCAAGCAGCGGAUCUGCCUGUUUAGGGUGGAGGAGGACGAAGAGGAGGAGGAAGAGCGGGACCCAACCCGCCUCCCGGCUCAGGUGGUCCUGAGGCGCAAGCCCCCCUCCAUCACCAACCGCCUCACCUCCAGGAAGAGCGCCCCCGUGCUCAACCAGAUCUUCGAGGAGGAAGGGGAGUCAGACGAUGACUUCGACAUGGACGAGGGCCUGCCGCCCAAGCUCAGUCGCCUCAAGAUGAAUAUGGCCGGGAGCGCGGCCGCCGUGGGCUCGGGAGCCGCCUCCUCCUCGUCCCCGGGGUCCACGCAGAAGCGCUACCACCGGCGCAAGAGCCAGGGGCGUGGCUCGUCGUGCUCCAGCUCCGAGACGAGCGACGACGACUCGGAGAGCCACCGGCGGCGUCUGGAUAAAGACUCGGGCUUCGGUUACGGCUGGAACAGGAGGGACAGCAGCGAGGGGCCGCCCGGCAGCUCGGGGGGCAACGGGGGAGGCAGCAAACCUCCCGGAGAGGGAGGGGGAACCUCUGGUCCAGACAAGGAGAGUCCUCCAGGUGGUGGUGGCGAAACUGGAGGAGGUGGAGGUGGAGGUGGAGGUGGAGGAGGAGGAGCAGGAGGAAACGGAGGAGGAGGCGGCGGCAGCAAAGGACAAGACAGCCCCUCCAGUUGUUGUAACAACAGUAGCACCACUAGCCCCUCCCCCAGCGCUCUGACCCGCACGGCGAACCGCAGCACUGAGCUGGUGGAGAGCCUGAAGCUGAUGAGCCUGUGCCUCAGCUCCCAGCUGCAGCAUCACCGCGGGGGUCGGGGGGGGCGAGGAGGAGGGAAGUUCAUCAUAGACCCUCUCGGCCUCUCAGGAGGGCGCGUGAAAACCCAGGAGAAAUCGGCCUGGAGGAUGUGCAUCGGCUCCACCGGGAGCCUGGACACCAUCACCCUCCCCACCACUGCCGCCCUGCCGCGCACCCACGCCACGCACCACCACCACCACCACCACCACCACCGCAAAACGGCGCCGCACGGCAGGGACGCUCACAGCAACCUGAGCGCUCUGAAAAACGGCGUGCUUCAACUACCUCUAUGUGAGAAGACCAUUUCCGUCAACAUCCAGCGGGGCGGGGGCUCCAGGGACGGCCUCCUCUGUACCUCAGCUCCGGCCAGCUGCUGCCAGGUCAUCUGAAGCUGGACCCCCCCCCCCUCUUGUUUUUAACCUCUGUUCGUGUGUUUAGGACCCGGUUCUUUUGGUCCCCAACGGCCCACCAGACAACAGGAUGUCACAAGUCUGAUGGUUUUAGAACAUGUUGGUAACUGGACAUAUCUAAUCUGAUUGAAUGUGCACAUCUUUUAGCUGUAACUGAGGUUAUGAAUCAUUUGGAGAAAAGGUCAAUAUCAUAAGUCGUAAUUUUACAAAAGUUGUAAUAAUUUAGUCAUUGAACCAAACUUUUUAAAUAUUUAGAAAGCCUUAAUUUCAUUUUUAAAAAGUCAUACUUUUGAUAAAGUUGUUACUUCUCAGGAAAGUUUCAAUAUUUCAAGAAUAAAGUCAGACACAAACUUAUUCUCAUAAUAUUGUGACUUUCUUGAAAAGUUCUGACUUAAUUCCACUAAUUUUUCUUAUAUUUCUUACAUUUAUAAUUACAACUUUAUUCCCAAAACACUGUUUUCUCUCUCUAAAUAAUUACAUUUUAUUAAUUUGUGUUCCUUCUUGUAGACCUAAUACUCUGUGGUACUGUAACUGUACCACAGGUGUUGUACCAUCAGAACCCACCCCCCCCAUUUCUAUGAAUCCUUGCAGGAAGAGAGACGUUAGACGUUUUACAUUUUUUAACUCCAGUCUGGACUCCAUAUUGCACUCAGACAAUCCGUUUUGUGUUGUUUGAAAAAAAUUAAAUAAAAUGAUUUCCACUAGAAUGAAUUCAGCUCAUCCGUCAAACCACCAUUACGUUUGGACAGUGUCUCUUUAUUUAAAGGUGCAGUGUCUCUUCAUUUAAAGGGACAGUGUCUCUUUAUUUAAAGGUGCCGUGUCUCUUUAUUUAAAGGUGCCGUGUCUCUUCAUUUAAAGGGACAGUGUCUCUUUAUUUAAAGGUGCAGUGUCUCUUCAUUUAAAGGGACAGUGUCUCUUCAUUUUAAGAGGCUCUUGUUCAGUGAGUCAGCAGGAGAAACUUAUCGUGGAGAGAGAUCAUAUUACUGCUGACCUUACAUUUUAAAUGUGUCACUGAUAAAGAAAAUGAGUCUGCCCCGCCCCCCUCCCCCCUGUUGGCUUCUGUCCCGCGGAGUAUGUAUAUAUAAAGUAUGUUAAAAAGUAAAUUUUAUUUUUUAAAAACUUGUACAUUUUUGUUCGGUGCAAUCUGCUGUUUGGAAAAGUGUGUGUGUGUGUGUGUGUGUGUGGGUGGGGGGGGGGGGGGGGGGGGGGAGGAAGAGGAGAGAGUCUCAUUGGUUAGAAUGAGGGGAAACAAAAAGUUUAAGAAGCUUGUGCAGCUUUAAGAGGAGCUGGCAAUAAGCUCAACGUGUGUUGCAGCUAUCUGUACAGAAACAUUUUAUUAGUUAUAUUCCAAACUUGUGCAGCCUCACAACAACCACGUUGGACUGAAAAGGAAAAGCUUUGAAAUGUUUGAAAUAUGUCUCUCUGUUUGUCUUUUUAAAACCAAAUGUAAAUAGAGUUGUAAAUAUGAUCUAGAACAGCGGCGUGAACCCUUUGGUGCACAGCUGUCAGUCAUCUAGCCUUAUGAUAAUUAGUAGACUGUCUCAAACUGUCAGGUGCUCUCCAGGUGACGUGCAUGUGUUUAAAUGGGGGGUGACAGACAUGUUACUGGACCAAAAAGCAGCAGGAAAGAAGAAAAUAACUAAAAAAAGAAAGAAAAAUUGGACCGGACAGAAAUAUUCAGUGUAUAAUUCUGUAGUUGAUACCUGUCGUCAGAAGUUACAUAUAGCUAUUGUAAUAUCAAGAAAUAAAAUGUGGAAUACUG